ACGUACACCAGCAGAGUGCGUAAAACAACCUGAUCUGCUAGGCCUGUUAUGAGUGGCUGGUUCGGUUAUUCGGGGUUGAACAACGGCGCGGUGUGUCACGUGACGGCAUCUGCUGCUGGCUGAGUGAAGCGUGUUAGCAGAUUUUUCUAUUUUGUACAUACAUUGUUUUGUAUAUACUGUAUAUGAUGACAUCAGUCGUCAGCAAUCCAGCUCGAGGAACUCGAGACAGAGCGCUGCCCACCACCACACAAACCACACAGCCACAAAAACAGAUACAGGCCACAGCGGAACAGAUUCGGCUUGCCCAGAUGAUCUACGACAAAAAUGAUGCCGACUUUGAGGAUAAGGUCAAACAGCUGAUUGAGGUGACUGGGAAGACCCAAGAUGAGUGUAUGGUGGCCCUCCAUGACUGCAACGAGGAUGUCAACAGAGCCAUCAAUUUCCUGCUGGAAAGCACCUCUGACACGACCUCCUGGGAGACUGUUGGAAAAAAGGCACGAGGCCCCGGGAAGGAGGGAGGACCCUCUGAGACAAAGGACAACCGAGAGAAGAGGGAUCGCGAGGCAAGCCGGGGCCGCGGGGGCCCCAACAGGAGGGGCCGUGGAACCAGCCGCAGCCGAGAAGUGCGGUCAGAGGAGAAUGUGUUUGAAAUGGGUCCUGGAGAUAGAGGGGCAGACCGUGGUCGCAGGGGGAGAGGCGUUGCAGGCAGAGGGUCGGGGGGUCGCGGCAGAGGAAGAGCAGCUGGUGGGAACCGGUUCUCCUCUCAGGGGAUGGGACUCUUCAACCCUGCUGACUACAACGCCAACUCGGGCGCGUCUCGCCAGGAAACCUGGGAAACUGAGGGGAUCGACGAUGGAACAGGAGGAACAUGGCGAGGCACCUUAGAAGACUGGGCUGCGGAAGACUGGAAUGAGGAUCUGUCUGAGACCAAAGUGUUCACUGCCUCUGCUCCUGCAAACCACAUCACACCUGGACACAAUGUGGACUUAGGCUUGCUGCUGCCCAAGACGGGCGGCGUGGAGGCAGAGCUGGGUGGCAUGGAGCCCCCCGCCGCCGAGGGCCUCGGGGGCCAGAGCCUGGUGUUCACCAACUCCCAUCACAAUGGCACUCGCACCGCCACACACAGCUACGCCAGUGCCGCCGCCAACAGCUACGCCCCCGCCGCCCUGUCCUCAGUCCUGGGCUCUGGUUUUGGGGCUCUGAGUGGGCCCAAGCCGGCCCCGGAUGAGGUCAGGAUACCAGAGCAGCUCAACGGGCCCCGGCUCGCCCCGCGGCCCAAUCAGCAGCUGGUCACAGCGGGCAACGGCAGUGUCGCCAAAGAAUCCGGCCCACCUGCAGUUGAAGUCCCCUCGCCCAUUUCCACCAGCGAAUUCAAGGCCCCAAGAGUGGAACAUGGCCUAGUUCCAACCUCUCAAUGUAAGACACACGCAGUGGAUCUGAAGAUGCAGCCGGAGCCGUCCCCUGUCCUCAGCAAACUAGCCCAGCGGCAGCAGCAGGCCCAGCAGAGCUCUCUGCCUCAGGCAGAGCCUCUGUCUCUUCCCCCCUCGGUCCCCACUCCCCCAGGCCACGGCCACUACGAAGCCGGGCCCCCGCCUCCCAGAGACGGGACUUCCCCCGGGGUCAAGCUGGCUCUCGACCACCAGGCCCCCAUGGCUGAACCCCCACAGAGGCAGAUCAAGACCCAGAGACGCAGAGUACCACCUCCCUCCAAGAUCCCCUCGUCUGCGGUGGAGAUGCCAGGCUCGGCAGACGUGUCUGGUCUCAACGUGCAGUUUGGGGCUCUGGACUUUGGCUCGGAGCCCAGUGUGACUGACAUGGGCCAACAGGCUGAGCCUGCCAGGGAGCCGGCCUCCACAGCCGUACCUCAACCCCAGAGUAGCUUGUUCUCAAAACCUGGACCUGUCAGUGAGCCCCUGGGCAGCUUGCCGUCCAUGCCUCCUGUGUCGGACCCCAGUUUCCCCUCCCCGUCUCUGGGCUUGCCCAGUGCCACACCUUCCCCCUCCCUGGGUCUCCCCAGCGCCACUCCGCCCUCCUCCAACCCCUCGGCUAGCAGAGUGGACAGUGGCCCUCCGCGGAGCAUGCCCUCGCACCUGGGCUACUCCCAGAGCAAAGACGCCCCCUCCACCCCUCUCACCAAUGGCUAUUGUGGCAUGAGGACACAGGGCCCACAGGACUCAACGUCAUUGGCCUCUCGCACCCAAAAGCCAGAGUCGCCCCCCAUGAGCAGUGAAAGUGGCCCCGUCCACCAUGUUCCCUCCCCGGCCCCCAUGCCCUCCCACUCCGCCCCCCUGCCAUCCCUCAGCAGUCAUGUGACCAGUACAUACUCGUCAGGAUCUGCCCUCUCCACUAGCUCCUCCCUCACGAUGACUAGUGAGGAGAACAGCAGUCUCCACGCCUUCUCCUCCUCGGGCCCUUCGAUCAACGCCGCUGUUAGCAGCUCCAAUGGCAUGAUGCACGGCCCCGGAGGGCUUGGUCUGACUGGCAACGCCACCCUCUCAGCCGCCGGGCGCACCGCCCAACCUCUGCUGACCACCACCUCGGGUGAGUCCAGGAGAACCCUGCCGUCACACAUAGGCAAACCCCCCCCUAACCUGGCCCAAGGAGUGCCCCCUCUGUUGGCCAAUCAGUACAUUAUGGGCCCUGGAGGCCUGCUUCCUGCAUACCCGCAGAUCUAUGGCUAUGAGGACCUGCAGAUGCUUCAGUCUCGUCUGCCUAUGGACUACUAUGGAGUCACAUUCCCUGGUACAACGGCAACGAUGCCUGGCAGAGAUGGGCUAGCCAACAAUCCAUACUCAGGUGAAGCGACCAAGUUUGGCCGAGGGGAUUCGUCAUCCCCGGCUCCCCCCACCAGCCUUUCACAGGGCCCCUCCUCGCAGCCCCCCCAAGCUCAGAGCCAAGGCCAGAGCCAGGGCCAGCAGACCCAGAACCAGGCCUUCCUCAACCCCCCUCUGCCCCCGGGCUACGGCUACACCGGCCUGCCCUACUACGCCGGCAUGCCCGGGGUGCCCAGCGCCUUCCAGUACGGCCCCACCGUCUUUGUGCCUCCGGCCUCGGCCAAGCAGCCCAACAUGGGCCUGGGGAACCCCUCCAGCCAGUACCACCAACAGCAUCAGCCCAGCUACGGCCAGCACACGUAUGGAACAGCUUUUGACGACCUGUCUCAGGGCCACGCGGGGGAGUACAGUAAGGGAGGGUACGGAGGCUCUGCCCAGUCACAGGCCAAAUCAGCUGGCAGCGGCCCAGGGAAAGCUCCAGGUUUGUCCGGCUCGGGCAGCAGUGGAGGGGUGCCUGAAAUGGGUGCUUCAAUGUACAGCAAGACACAGGCUUUUGAUAAGCAGGGCUUCCACACGGGAACCCCCCCUCCCUUCAGCCUGCCGUCUGCCCUGGGGGGCACAGGCCCCCUGAACCCCGGUGGUGCCCCCGGUUACGCCCCAGCCCCCUUCCUCCACAUCCUGCCUGCCCACCAGCAGCCCCACUCCCAGAUGCUGCACCAUCACCUCGCCCAAGAUGGACAGGGUGGUCCGGGUCAGCGCAACCAGUCCAGCAGCAUGCAGCAGAAGAGCCAGGGCAACAAGUCCAGCUAUGGCAGCCCUUACUGGGCCAACUGAAGGGCACUGUGGUGGCACCUAGGGGAGUCUGUCCUUCCCCCCCCAUGGUCCCCCCCCAUCCUAAAGGCUCUGUGUGUGAAGCUAAACAAAAACACACUGCCCAAACAUAACUCUCCUUCUCCAACUUCCCUCACCCCCAAAGUCUUUACAGUUUCUUUCUUUUCCCUUUUUCAAAUUGGUUGUACAUGUAAGAUAUUUAUGUAUGUAUUUAUAUAUAUAAAUAUAUAUACUGUAUAUGUAAUAGUUGAACAAGAAAUGUGGUUGCUGCAUUUUUAUUUUUGAAGGACGUUUUUGUUCACUUUUUCAAAACUGCAGGAAGACGUUACAGCAAAAUCUGAACUCCUAUAGAGAAAUGGAAAGAGCUUUACCACUGAUGAAAUGAGGACAUCUCAGAUGGAGGGUUUCCACAUUAACAAACUGCAUUUGUCUCCUUUUUUUAUACACAUCUGAGUGACCCAGCUAAUCCCACUCAUUUUGACUCUCUUUUAAAACUCCAUUUCAAUUUUGUAGCCGUAGAUCUCUUCCCUGUUUUCUGUUUCUGGUGGGGGGGGCUCUGGGGAGGGGGGGGGCGCCUCUGUGCCCUCCCCGCAUCGAUCCCCCUCAAAGACUUGCCCAUUCAAAUUUUAUAUUUUAAUGUAAUUUUAACCAUUGUUUACCUCUAAAUAAAAGUUCUGCGCUGUAA